AAACGGGCGAAAAAUCUCCGCCAUUGAACAGUCGCAGUUAUAAACCGGCAAAGAAGGUGCGCACUCGGGAUCUUUCAAUAUACAAACACCGUGGUUCUGUUCGCUGUAUUCCACGCCAUGACUAAAAUUUGUCGGAAGAGUAGGAGUGCAGUCGCUGUGACAGGUCAAACGGUGAAUAGCGAAGUUACUUAAUAUUUGCCCAAUACGCCAAACGUUUCUCGUAUCGAAAAACGUCGAAUGAUUUAUUAUCAAUUCUUCGUUUCUAUUUCGUAAAUCAUUGUUAGCGGUGAAGAUUUGCUAUUUUCGUAAGAACGGCAGAAUUUACGGAACAAGAAGAGAGCAAGCGCAGAAACUAAAAGGAAUGGAGGUGGACGAAUGUUCAGCUGGUGGAGACAGUGCAGCAGAAGAAGACGAAGAUGAUGCGUCAUCUCAUGGUUCCAGAAGCGAUAGCAGCAGUAGUAGUAUUAGCGGAAGUAGCACAUCAACUGACAGUGGUGACGAUAGCGGAGAAGAACGUGCUACCAGUGGUAGCGAAAGUCAUAGUUCUGGCGAGGAAGACGAAGAAGAUAAUGAAAAUACAGAGUACUCGAUUCAAGCAGAUAGUCCAGAUACUCUGAAAUGGGAAACCUGUAUCGCUGCAAAUACCAAGGUGAAAUUGCCACAGGACCUUUGCGAACACGUUGCAGUUUUUAAGGAGUUUUUAGACUAUCCUUAUAUUUUUAACGAAUGUCUCACUGAGAGUCAGAGGGAAACUCUGUACUCUUUGUUACCAAGCUUCCCAAAAGAUUGUGACGCUGAAGCAGAAACAGAGAAGACAUUGCGUAUGCUAUUCGAACGCGAAAAUCACAGAUUUGGUGUAGCGCCUUUAACUGCAUUUCACAAUCACUUAUCAGCCGGUCAUUACCGGCCUGACAUUAGAAGAAUGUGCAGUUUAGUACGGAAAGCGCAGCAAAGAAGGCUGUUAUUCGAAGAACGAAAACGAUCGUACGAACUUGCCAGCCAGUUAUUGAAAUCCAGAGAAGGCUUGCUGACAAACGCGUACAAACAAGGUUUCUGUCAGCCGACGCAGAGAACGAUGUCGAAAGUCCAAUGGAGAAAACCGAAGCCUGCUAUGGUUGAAGAGAAAACGCAACUGCGCUAUGUGGAGGAACUGAAUGCAAUGAGGACAGAGCUUGGGGCAAGCGCCAAGUUGGCUGCCGACACGACGUCCGAGAACGACGAAAACUAUCCGCAUUAUCAAUUAUCCGGCACUAAGCAGAAGAAGAAGAGGCGUUCUUUUAUGGGUCCUCAAGGUCUCUCGAUCAGAGGUUUGCAAAUGAAUCACGAAGACGAAACGAUUCGACCUGUUUUCUCCACGUUGCAACGAGCCGAAUAUCCUGCGCACAGAUCCUUCAUCCGUGAACAAACCGAAGAAAUUUAUCGUGAAAUGUUGUUGGAGCAUAAAAAGAGGAGAGCACGACGAGAUGUUCAUCCGGAAUUAAAUACGCAAGGUAUUGCUUUGGCUGAUCUUACUCAAAGAGCACAAAUUGGCCAGAAGCAUAAACUGUCGAUCGGUCCUGCUGUGCGUAUAACACCAGCGAAGAAACGAAUAAAAUUAGAACCAUCGCCUUUGUGCCCUCCUGCACCUAGAUUAAUGAAUUCGGUGAAACUCGAGAGUGAUAACAGUGAUUAUUCCCAUACAACAGAUGAAAACAGACAUUCCGGUAUGUUGGAUAUUGAUCAUAGACUGUUAACACCAAUCAAAUCCGAACCAAUGGACGGGUAUGAAGUGCAUCCAAUGACCAAGAAAAAAUUAAGUCCUACCACGUCGAAAGGUAUUAAAUCUUCUGUGAUGACCACGCUAGAAAUUAAAAAAGAAAUUGAGGAUAUAGAGUACGAAGAUAUAAAGACAGAACUUAGUACCGGAAUGAACGAAGAUGCUCCCCCUGAGACGGAAGAAGACGAGGAGAAUGAUAAAAAGGAACUGGAUUUGGAUAGCAUUGAUAUGAUGCAAAUACCGAUUCAGUUGGAUGAUGGAAUUGACAUACUGGAUGACGUAAAAUGCGAAGACGAAGGGGUAAUGUCGAUUACACCACACAAAGAAAUUGCCGUCCCAUCGAAUGAUGAUCAUAUUGAUAUUAAUAGCGGAGCAGAAUUAAUGCAAGAGACACACGCAUGUUUCUUUUCCCUGUUGAGAGAUGCGUUCACCUCGAAAGGUGAAUACAGAAUGAGCACAGGAGAAAUGAAAGAUGCUGUGACACAGUGGCAAGGGAAUCCUAUUUCACCGUUGAACGAUUGGUAUUCCCUGGCUUCUUCCUGGCCAGCGUUGGUUCCACUAGCUUUGGGAUUUCUUGCUGGUGAACUGACGUACAAUCAGGAAUUAGGAGACAGACAAGAACGUGAAUUAGAACUCGUUCCCUAUUUAGAAAACAAAGGAAACGGACUUUAUGCGUGGAUCGGAGCUGGACGAGAUUCAGAUUCUCGGCUUGCUGACUUGUGCGCGAAAUUCUUGUUAUACAAAGAUUCAUUGUGUCCACCAGUGUCUAUCUCAUGCUCCAUAGUAGCUGUGAAACAACAAUCUCAAAUGCUUCAGUCGAACAGCAGUAACGUUAAUAGUAGCGUUGGAAAUACAACGUCGAGUGGCCGAGAUAAUAGUCCUGCUAUUGAAUCGAUCAGCGUAGAUGGUGGAUCUAUUAACACGGUCGCAGAAUGGGAACCACCGCGCGCUUUGUGGCCAACCGAAUGGAAAGUUCGACCGUCUACACCGGAUGAACGAGAGGAAUUCAGGCGACAAGAGCGUAUGCGUUAUGCUGCACCUCAUAAAGCUUUCACUUACAGAAUGCACGGUUACGCGUCGGUUGUUGGUCCUGUGAAGGGUAUCUAUCAGCACAACGUUGCUUCCGGAUUGACGAAAGCUCGCGGACACUCGUUAUUGGUAGCAGACAGACCAAAUUUCGUAACAAUCUUAGCGUUAGUUAGAGACGCUACCGCAAGGCUUCCAAACGGCGAGGGAACCCGUGCCGAUAUUUGUCAAUUGUUGAAAGAUUCUCAGUACAUCAGAGAACAGACGGAUAGCGACGAUAAGGAAGGAUACUUGCAUUCGGUUGUGUCCGGUGCUUUGGACAGAUUGCAUUAUGAAACUGAUCCGUGCGUGCGGUAUUACCCGCGACGGAAAGAAUGGCUGUAUCUUCAUCGAGCACGUUCGGAGUCUGAAUUUGAAAUGUAUCAUCAACAAUUGCAAGGUGUUGCAAAGAAUAAAAAGAACGUUGGUAGUAUGUCUCGUAAUAAAGCUUUGCCGCCGGUUAUAAAGCCUUCUAACGUCAAUAAAGAGCAAUCUCCAAACGGUAGCAAAGAAAGUACACCGAAGAAAGAAAGGAAAACUGUAGCCACAACGCAACCAGUUAUAUCAAGGAAGGAACAGAAAAAGAACGAAGAAAAAGUUAUCAACGAUCAUUCUGUUUCAACCGAACAGUCUAUUGUUGUUUCUAACGUAAUAACUACUAUGAAUUCAACCCCCACUUCUGCCAUCGCUGUAUCAGGAACUACGGUUCCUGUUACGUCUCUACCGACUUGCUGCACCUCGAUGAGCACCGUUACCGUCGAGAAAGAUGUAACAGCCAGUGAAGUGAAACCGCAGAUCACAACAACAGCCCCAGCGAAGAAGACGACGACGACGAAUAUCAGCGGUAAACCAGUCGCUGUUGUGAAGACCAGUGCUCAGAGUUUAUUGCAGUCGAAUCAGCAACAUUUUCCUCAUCACCAAAUCCAAGUGUCGACCUCUGCGGGCUUGCAGACUAUUCGGUUAUCUGGACAUUCUGUACUACAUUCUACUCAGCCAGUCGCAGCCAGUAGCGUUACCAACGCGGGGAACGUGAACACAAGUUUGACGACGAUAUUGCCACCUGGAAAAACACAAAAUCAACAGCAGCAGCAGCAGCAGCAGCAGCAGCAGCAAUCGCAACAGUCGCAACAACAGCAGCAACAACAGCAGCAGCAGACGAUUGUCACUAAUCAAGCAGGAAAAAGUAUUUUGCAGACCGCUAAUAUAAAGCAGCAACAAUCUCAACAGCAGCACGUUCUACCUGGGAAGACACUGUUAGCCUCGCAGAUAAAAUUAGUUAGCCCGGGGCAGAUCAAGUCGCUCCUCACGGGCCAUGGUCUACAAGGGCAAACAAUAUUCAUUAAACAGUCAUCACCGUCUAGUAAUCAAUCACAACAAAUACAGCAACAAUUGAAGCAACAACAGCAGCAGCAGCAACAACAACAACAACAACAACAGCAGCAGCAGCAGCAGCAGCAGCAAAUCCAACAACGGGUUGUAGGAAAUCAACAGCAAUCAAUACAGACGUCGGGUAUGCAACGCAUAAUCGCACAAAUAGGGGGGAAACCGAUCGCAGUACAGAUACAACAAUCACCGCAUCAACAACAGCAACAGCAAAAGAUUCUAGCAAAGGUUUUAACUAGUUCCGGUGGUGGUCAGCUGAUAUCCGUGGAGAGUCUUCUUGCUCAGAAGGGAUUAAAGUUGGCCACUACAGCUGCCCAUGCUAAUCAACUGAACAGACAAGGAAAGCAAGUCAUCCAAACUCAAUAUCAGGUUGUAUCGCAAGCGCAAACUUCUUCGGGGCAGGCGAAAAUCAUAGCCAACGCGCAACAACAACAACAACAACAACAACAGCAGCAGCAGCAGCAGCAGCAGCAGCAACAACAGUCACAACCACAGCAGACACAGACUGUUCGAAUGGUGACUGCACAGUUAUCUGGAAAGCAGAUUGUUUUAGCGAGUGGCAAUAAAAAUGUGGGUGUCGGAGUUAGCAGCAGUGGAAGUGUAGUGCUAGGGAAACAGCAAUCGUCCCAGCAACAGCAACAAAACCAGCAACAACAACCAAUUAUUUUACCCAGUCAGUUGCUCAAUAUCAAAACGUUGCACGGGCUGAAAGUAAUACCAACCCCGGCUGGAUUAAAAACUACAGGGGCGGCGGUAUACGCACGGGUUAUCGCCCCGACUACCAUAACCUCGACACAGUCGGCUGGAAAUCAGCAACAAACGAUUCAGGCUCAACAACCAUCGAGGAGUAACUCUUACAGCACGCCUUGACAAAAUUGACGUUACUUUCUUGUGUUUUAAUUUAAUUGUUCUGAAUUUUGACAAUUUCGCGAAGGAUUAGAAGUACACAAUUUUUAUGUAAAAAGAAUAAAAGUAAUAAAAAUAUCGGAACUUGAUGAAAAAAAAAGAAGAAACAAUCAGUUAAAGUCAGUCUUAGGUAAAGCUGUGUACUUGUGUAUAGCUUUCGCGUAGUAAGGUAACGCAUCGAAAAAAAUGAUGUGGAAAACACUGGAAAAUAAGAACAACGCGAUCGUGACUUUCUUUUGUAAUAAGUGUCGAAUUAUUUACAAAUGCAUGGUACGAUUUCAAAUACAAAACACCGUUUUCUUUUUUUUUUUUCUUCUUUUUUUUUUUCUUAUAUCACGAAGAUUCUUGCAGCGUUGCAAUGUAACACGUAUAAAUAAACCUUAUUAUGUAAUGGUA